GAAAGGCUACAUUCCCCCAAAAUUCUCUUUUGCUGUGUGGCUUUGUUUCAGGAAUAGACUCCCUACAAGGAAAAACCUGAGUUACAUUGAUAUGGAUAGAGCAUGCACCUUUUGCUACACCCAUAUUGAAACAGUAGCUCACCUUUUCUUUCAAUGCCCUAAUACAGGGAAAAUUUGGAAUGAAAUAUGUUUGUGGCUUGGUGUUAAGCAACAUAUUACUACACUUGCUGCUGCUGUCAAAUGCUUCAAGAAGUUUUAUGCCGGUGCUAGAAUCAAGAGCAAGGCAGUGCGGAUUGCCAUGUGCUGCACAGUUCAUACUAUUUGGAAGGCAAGGAACAAGCUAGUGUUUGAGAAAAAGGCUACUCCUUCUAAUGAAAUUUUUCUUCAGAUCAAGUUAUUGACUUAUAAGGUUUUGUAUAGCCUUUAUCCACCAGAUUUUAUUACUUUUUGAGGCUUUGUUGUUCAUGAAUUUGAUGUUAUUUGAGAAUUGUUGAUUGAGAUACUUGAUUGCUUUGGGUAAAUGUAAACGGGGGUAUGCCCCCUAAAUAUGUGUAAUAGCUUCUUGGUUAUAUAAUAUUUACAUGUUUAUCAAAAAAAA